AUGGAUAACUCAAGGUCGUUCAGUCGAGCAGCUAGUGAAAUGAACCAGCAAAACAACAGCAACAACAGGGUUGAUCUCUCUCUCACCUUGGGUCUGCCUUUGUCUGGUCAAAACGCAACAAUUUAUCAGCAAGGACUGAUUAACCAAGGAGCAACCGUUGAAAGUCAACAAAGCUUCAAUGGCGGUCAAGCCCGAUUUGCAUGGCCAUCGGGUCAACUUGGUGGCGGUGUCCAUAACAUGAAUUAUGCAAACGCAUUUAACCCUUUUUCGGACCCUUCUAUAGGGUUUCCUUCUUAUGGCACCACCGAUUCUUCCUCCUACAAUUUCACCCCCACUCGUCCUCUUCCUCCGCAUGAGGUGCCUCCGAAUACCUACACGCUGAUCGAUGUCCCUCCAAGGAGAGCCGCCGCAAAUCAGCACCAUCUCGAGAUCGGGAACUCCUCUGCCUCGGGCUCGGGCGGGCACGUCCCAUGGCGUUUUGGCACCUACAAUGACCCCUUCAAGCGAUGCACCAACUACAACUGCAACACCAAUGAUACUCCUAUGUGGCGCAAAGGACCUCUCGGCCCCAAGACUCUCUGCAAUGCCUGUGGUAUCAAGUACAGGAAAGAAGAGGAGAAAAAAAAAAGGGAAAGAAGCCAAAAGUAG